AUGGCGGAUGAAGGUGGAAACAGGAUAAAACGAGGCCGAGGAAAGAAAAGGACGGACGGACCUGCUUCAAAAUCACCGGCGACGACAAACCCUGUGUAUCAUGCAAUUUCCAAGAUUUGGCAAUCAAAUCUGGAUCCGCUUUGGACUGAGACGGUCGAAAGUUACGAUCAGUGGACAUAA